CCUGCUGACACAUGUUGAGAAAAGAGUUCGGUGUUUCAAAGUUCUUGAUGUUAAAAGUGCGAAGGGACAAGGAAAUCGAAACAGAGAACAACACAACACAAUACAGUGACACAUUCUCGUUGGUUCAAUACAUUACACUUGCACAGUUCCACUGUUGUCGCUUUUGCAAUGAACACAGGGCUCGUUGCAGGUGCAGCCUUGCUUGCACUCUUGGCUAUCACCUUCUCCUUGUUGAACCCUCAAACCCUGUUUUCUCCGCCUCAUGUUCCGGGCUCGAAGGAUCACCUUCACGCUGCUCGGUUGCUCCAUGUCACCGGAGCCGUCGGGCCGGAGAGUCUUGUCUUCGACGCCGACGGCGGAGGGCCCUACACCGGCGUCGCCGAUGGCCGGAUUCUCAAGUGGGAAGGGGAAGAGCGAGGUUGGACUGAAUUUGCUGUCACAAGUUCCAAUAGGUCGGACUGUGUACGCCCAUUUGCACCAGAGUUGGAGCACAUUUGUGGGAGGCCAUUAGGACUAAGAUUUGACAAGAAAAAUGGAGAUCUGUACAUUGCUGAUGCCUACCUAGGCCUAAAAGUAGUGGGGUCUGCAGGGGGUUUGGCCACCGAAGUGGUAACAGAAGUUGAAGGUCAGCCCUUGCAGUUCACCAAUGACAUGGACAUCAGUGAAGAUGAAGAAGUGAUAUACUUCACUGAUUCAACCACAAUCUUCCAGAGAAGGCAAUUUAUGCUUGUACUCCUAAGUGGAGACAAGACUGGCCGGUUAAUGAAAUACAACAAGUCAACAAAAGAAGUGACGGUCUUAUUACGCGGCCUUGCUUUUCCCAAUGGUGUUGCUUUAAGCAAAGACGGAUCAUUCGUUCUGGUAGCAGAAACCACUACUUGCAGGAUCUUGCAGCUUUGGCUUCGUGGACCUAAGGCUGGCCAUGUGGAUACAUUUGCAGUUCUGCCUGGCUUUCCAGACAAUGUGAGAAGAAAUUCACAAGGGCAUUUCUGGGUGGCUCUGCAUGCAAAGGGAAGUCGUUUCGCGAAGUGGGUUUCUUCCAAUCCAUGGGCGGGAAAGGCGUUGCUUAAGAUUGGAUUUAACUUCAAGCAGUUGCACUCAUCAUUUGCAGGGUGGAAGCCUCAUGCUGCUGCUGUAAAGCUGAGUGAUAAAGGAGAGAUAUUAGAAGUCUUGGAAGAUUGUGAUGGGAAGACCUUGAAGUUCAUCAGUGAAGUGGAAGAGAAAGAUGGGAAGCUUUGGAUUGCAUCAGUGUUGAUGCCUUUCAUUGGCAUUUAUGGUUUAUAAGAGUGUAUCAUGGAUAAGAUGUAUUUUGGAACACCUUUUUCGAAUAAGAUGUAGUUGUGUAUGCAGAUUAUGUAGAAUUGUGAAUUACUUUGAGUGGUUGACGAGGCUAGUUUUUACUUUGUGUUCAUUAUUAAUAAAACACCACGUUAAACUUAA